AUGGCAGACAAAUCCCUCAAAUCCACCUGCCACUGUGGUGCCAUCACCGUAACCGUGCCUCAUCAACCCACGGAAAUCAACCAAUGCCAGUGUACGAUCUGUCGGCGCUACGCAGCCGCUUGGGCGUACUACAAGGUGAAUGAAAUCAAAAUCGACAUCAAAGAAGGCGCCAAACUCUCUCAAUGCUAUUGGUGGCCGUUUGAAGAAAAGAAGCCAGACGGUAGUGUAGCUGAGUUUGGUGUUAAUACGAGGAAUAUGGAUCCUAUGGAAAUCUUGCAUGUUAAUCGCAAGAUUGACAAUGCCUGGCUGUUUCGGUCACUUAGUGAUAAAACUCAGGCGCAUGAGCAGGACCAGGCUAAGUACUGA